GCCCCUUUCUCUUCUUGGCUGGGUUUAAUAAGAUACGCUACAAAAGGAGCCCAUGACAUGACAUGUGCUGGUGGAAGGGAAGAGAGUGGGAACCAGCUAGCAAUGAUUGUUCCUUUGCUUCUCUUUUUCCUUUCUGUUCUUCACAGUGCGGUUUCACUAGUGGAUACAAGCACAUUUCUAAUAUAUAAUGAAGACCAUAAAGUCUGUGUGCAUGCUCAGUCAGCCAACUACGUCACAACUGCUGCUUGCAGUCAUGGAACUGAGGCACAGGAAUUCAAGUGGGUUUCCAGAUACCAGCUGAUGAGUGUUUCCUUGAAAUUAUGUUUCGGAGUAGCUUCAAAGAUUGACUGGACACCAGUUCAACUGUAUCCAUGCGACUCAGCAAGUAGUCUCCAGAAAUGGGAAUGCAAAAAUGAUACACUUUUUGCCAUCCAUGAAGCAAACCUGUUUUUCAACUAUGGCAACAGAAAUGAAAAAAGAAUUAUGCUCUACCAAGGAUCCGGGUUAUGGAGUAGAUGGAAGGUCUUUGGAACUAGAGAUGACUUAUGUUCUCGGGGCUACGAAGACUUAUUUACGUUAAAAGGCAACAGCAAUGGAGCUCCUUGUGUAUUUCCUUUCCAGUAUACUGGCAAAUGGUAUCCAGACUGCACACUUGAGGGAAGGACAGAUGGUUUGCUGUGGUGUUCAACUACAAGGUCUUAUGAUUCGGACAAGAAAUAUGGAUUCUGUCCUGUGAAAUCAGACGGAACAGGUAGAUUUUGGACUACAGACCCUAUGACAAGUGUCCAGUAUCAAAUAAACCCAGAAGCUGCUCUAACCUGGUUCCAAGCCAGUAAAAGUUGCCAGCAACAAGGUGCCAAUCUGUUGGGCAUCACAGAGAUACAUGAACAAAUGUACAUAACAGGGUUAACUUCUAGUUUGAGUUCUGCACUCUGGUUUGGUCUUAACAGUUUGGAUUUCAACAGUGGAUGGCAAUGGAGUGGUGGCUACCCUUUCAGAUAUCUAAAUUGGGCACCAGGAAGCCCUUCGCCAGAGCCUGGGAAGAUCUGUGGAGCAAUAAAUCCUGGUAAAGCUGCCAAGUGGGAAAGCCUCGAAUGUGAUCAGAAACUUGGUUACAUUUGUAAAAAAGGAAAUGCCACUCUGAACAACUUCAUUAUUCCUUCAGCUUCCGAUAUACUGGCGGAAUGCUCUGAAGGAUGGAUAUUUUACGUGGGCUGGUGUUACAAGAUUCGCAGACAAACUGCUUCUUGGCAAGAUGCUUCUACUCUGUGUAGAAAGGAAGGUGGUGACCUGGCGAGCAUCCACAAUGUGGAAGAGUACAGCUUUAUUGUUUCUCUGCUUGGGUACAGACCAACUGAUGAAUUAUGGAUUGGUCUGAAUGAUCUCAAGAUUCAGAUGUUCUUUGAAUGGUCAGAUGGGAGUCCUGUGACAUACACCAAAUGGCUCCAUGGCAAGCCAACCCAUGCUAGCAACGGGCAAGAAGAUUGUGUGGUCAUGAAAGGAAAGGAUGGGUAUUGGGCAGAUCAACCUUGCGAUAUGAAAUAUGGAUACAUUUGCAAAAAGAAACCUUUAAAAGAAGCACCGGAAAAGGAUAUAAUUGAUGAAGGGUGCCGUAAAGGCUGGAAAAGAUACUAUUUAUACUGCUACAUGAUUGGAAAUGCAUUUUUAUCCUUUGCUCAAGCAGGUCAAAAGUGUGCAGAAAAUGGGGCUACUUUAGCUUCUGUUGAAGAUAGAUAUGAACAAGCCUUUCUGACCAGUUUGGUUGGAUUCAGGUCUGAACCUUACAUCUGGAUUGGUCUUUCUGACACACAAGAAAAAGGAGUGUUCAGGUGGACCAGUGGAGAACGUGUCCAGUUCACUCACUGGAAUUCAGAAAUGCCAGGUCGGAAGCCAGGCUGCAUUGCAAUGACAACUGGAACUACAGCUGGAUUAUGGGAUCUUCUGAAAUGUGAAACCAGAGCGAAAUUUCUUUGCAAGCGCUUGGCAGAUGGAGUGACUCCUCCACCAAUACCAACUACAACACCUGUCCCUCAAUGUCCUGAAGACUGGGCUCCAAGCGAUGGAAGGAAUGUGUGCUUCAAAGCUUUCUUAAAACAUGACAAGAAAUCAUGGGCAGAUGCUCGGAGUUUCUGCUUAGCAAUUGGAGGUGAUCUGGCUUCCAUUACUAGUGCCCAAGAAUCCAAUUCGCUGCAGAAUUACUUGCGGAACUCUGGAGUCGUCUAUACACAUUUCUGGCUUGGUUUAAAUUAUAUAAAUCCACAGGAAGGGUUUAAAUGGAGUGAUGAUUCACCACUAGGUUAUAUCAACUGGGGAUAUGGAGAACCCAAUAAUUAUAAUGGAGUAGAGCACUGUGGAGAGUUAAAUCCAAAUAACAACAUGUACUGGAAUGAUGUACAUUGUGAGGAUAUAUAUUUCUGGAUCUGCCAGGUUACAAAAGGUGUGCAAUUAAAUGCAGAACCAACAAAUCCACCCAUUCCAGAUUUUCAACUUACUAGUGAUGGUUGGCUUGUCAAUGAAGACAAGCAGUAUUACUUCAACACCAACAAAUUCCCAAUGGAAGAUGCCCGUGCAUUUUGCAAGAAAAACUUUGGGGAUUUGCUUGUCAUUGAAGGCAACACUGAAAGAAAGUUUAUAUUGAAAUAUAUCUUGCAAAAUGAACAGAUAGAUACUUAUUUCAUUGGAUUGCAACUGAGCCUUGAUAAAAUAGUCAACUGGAUGGAUGGAACUCCUGUCCAAUACGUUGCCUGGGCACCGCACGAACCUAACUUUGCAAACAAUGAUGAAAACUGUGUGGUCAUUUACAGAAAUACAGGGCUUUGGAAUGAUAUAAACUGUGGCUACCCAUCUUCUUUCAUAUGUGAAAGACACAACAGCUCAAUCAAUGCAACUGUUGCCCCCACACCACCUUCCACUCAAGGAGGAUGCCCUGAAUCUUGGUUUUUGUUUGAAAACAAGUGCUAUAAAUUCUUUGGGAUCAAAGAAGAGGAACAAAAAAAUUGGAAAGCUGCACGGAGCGAUUGUCAGAAAGAUGAAUUUGGAGGAAACCUGGCUACUAUACCCAAUGAAAGGGUACAAGCCUUUCUCACCUUCCAUUUAAAUAAUUUCCGAAAGGAUGUAUGGAUAGGACUAAAUGACAUCAAUGAGGAUCAAAUGUACCUCUGGACAGAUGGAAAAGGAGUCCAUUACACAAACUGGGACAAAGGAUUCCCAUGGACUCUUGGAUCAAGCAGUGAAGACUGUGUUGUAAUGAAAACAUGGCCUUAUAAGAUCGCAGGCUUAUGGAGAAAUAUGUAUUGUUCCAGUAAGAAAGGUUACAUAUGUCAAACCAACACUCACCCCAGAUACUCUUUAAUUCCAUCAACUACCCCAGAACAGCGUUUCCAUUAUAGAAAUAGCAGCUACUUCAUCAUUGAAACCAAAAUGACAUGGGAAGAUGCGAAGAACAGUUGUGAAAGGAAAGACUCAACUCUUGCUAGUAUUUUAGAUCCCUUUGGCCUCUCAUACCUCUGGCUAAAAAUAUUAAAACAAAAAAGGGCUGUGUGGCUUGGCCUCAACAGCAAUCUGACUGGUGGGCAAUACUUAUGGAUUGAUAGAUUCAGAAUGAAGUACACUAAAUGGGCAGCAAACGAACCCAAACAAAGAUACGGCUGCGUUUAUAUGGACUUGGAUGGGACCUGGAAGACAGACUUAUGCAAUAAAAAUUAUUUUCCCCUUUGUAAACAUUCCAGUGUGCUGCCACCUACUGUACCACCUCAAGAACCAGGAAAGUGCCCCGAAUCAGUAGAGAAAUCUUGGAUUCCAUUCCGUGGUCACUGCUAUCACUUUGAGGCCUCAACAAAGAAGAAUUGGCCGAGGGCGUCAUUAGCUUGUUUACAACUAGAUGCCUCUCUGGUUUCAGUAACGGAUACAGCUGAAGCAAACUUUCUAACAGAACUUGCAGAAAAUCUUGAAAGCAAAUCCCAAGCAUUUUGGAUAGGAAUGUACAAAAAUCUAAACGGUGAUUGGUUAUGGAUUGACAAUGCUGUUGUGAAUUUUGUCAACUGGAACAUUGGAGAGCCUUCAGAUCAGAAUAAUGAAGAGUGUGUGGAAAUGUUUGCUUCAUCUGGGACUUGGAAUAAUAUUUAUUGCAAUUCAUAUCUGGGAUAUGUUUGUAAAAAACCGAAAAUUGUUGAAACAGUGCCUACUGUGAAGAUAAUAGAAAAUAAAGAAUCAAGAAAGACAGAUGACGUUCCUUCACCAACCCAUAGCAAAGCCAUCACUGUGGUUGUGCUGGUAAUCCUCAUUCUUUCCGGAGCUGCUCUUGCAAGUUUCUAUUUCUACAAGAAAAGGAAUCAACUUGGGUUGACAGAUGUAAACUUUGAAAAUUCUUUGUAUUUUACCAGCGGAGCCACUCCAGCAACUAGCGAUGGGAUGGAUCUGGUCAUGAACAUGGAGCAGAAUGAACAGGCAUCCAAUUAGUCUGACAACAAUCUAAACUGUGCCUUGUUUAAUAAACACUGACUUCUGAAAGCACGCUACCAAAUUCUAAUUUUGACUUGACAAAAUAAUUAUAGAAGUCCAUCUGUUUCAGCAUCUUUAUGGCAUAUUAAGAGCAGCAAUAAUUUCAUUGCACACACUGAAUAAUGCAGCAGCUUUGGGUUCAAAAUAAACAGCGCUACUGAUAGCGAAGCUGUUGGAUGAUAAGAGCUAGCUAAGAGCACUUAAGGGAAGAUCCAUUCCCAAAUCCAUAAUGGGAAUCAUGGAAAGGGCUAAAUUUGGGGUUAUUUCUGGCACCAGAAAAAAAGCAGGAGGGAGGGGAUAGAACGAGAAGUCAGUAUCUAUAUCCUAACGCUGAAUUCCUGAAACAAAAAUAAUAGAAUAUUUUACGUUAACUUGAAGGGCGUAAUAACUAAGAGGCAUGGCAAAGAAGUGUCUUGUCUGGAGAAGCAGUUCCUUCCCUCUGUUUGCCCCACUAAAGUUGCCCCUAUCUAAAUUAGGAUAGAAUCGUCUGAUAUCUAUUUUGACAUAUUCACAAAUUGGUGUUGCCGGUCUAAGAUUCGAUUGAAGUAGUUGUUAUUUAAUUGCUUUAUUGAAUAUGCGGCACUUCUUAAAGCAGUAGCAAAUUUGCAAAUGCAAAUAUGUCUGACAUAUAUUUCUGAGAUAUCAUUGUAUGCUUAAACUGUUCACCAACAUGAAGCCUGCAAAUUGCAUACCGAAGUAUUGGCAUUAUAGUAGCAUUAUAGGAAGAAUGUCAGGUCAGAAUCAUAGAAUUGUGGAAUUGGAAAGGAUCCCAAGGAUCAUCUAGUCUAAACCUUUGUCAUAUGCAGGAAAACCAGUUAAACAACCUUCGGGAGGUGUUUGUCCAGUUUCUUCUUAAAAUCCUCCAGAGAUGGAGAAUCCACAACCUUGUUUUACUGUUCUACAGAUAUUAGCAGAGUGCAUCCAUGAACACCAACUAGCAGUCACAAGACACAAUGAAAACUCCUUAAUCUCAC